UCAGGCCUUGACCGCAAGUGCUUAGGCCUCAGGUCCUAGUGCACCAGCCCAGGGCGUGACACAAUCACUAUAAAGCGCAGCCGUUUAAUUUGCUUACUUUUGAGGGAUCAUGGCAUCCUUUGAAGGCCGAUUGCCUUCAAACGCGCGUUGAGUCACUAUCCUUGGUCCAUUUUCGACUGUACAUAGCCGCUAGCUACCCUCUCAACAACUUGAAGCUCCACUAUCCUUAUACAGAUCUCAUUGAUUCAAUCUUUUCUCUGUUUAAAAAAACCUGAAAAUCCAUACCAAAAAAUCCCUUUUUAGACUCUUAAUUUGUUCAGCAUUUUUCCCCUUUCGAUACGAAAACAAAGAAAAGAAAUGGAAGAUACCAAGAACCCACCACCGCAAGCAAUGGAAGAUGAAGAAAAAAAGGAAGAACAAGGAAAAGAAGAAGAACCCAAGAAGGAGGAGCAACAGCCAGCAUCAACCACAACACCGAAGAGUGGAGGAGGAUGGGGCGGUUGGGGUUUCUCUGCUUUCUCUGUUCUCUCACAUCUUCAAAAGGCUGCCACUGUUGCCGCUGAGGAGAAUGCUCGCAAUUUACGAUUCAUUUUCCUCUUUCUUAAUAUUUGUUUAUGCAUUUCUGAUGUAGCCGAAGCCUAUCAAGCUGCCAUUAAGAGUGCUGCUGCAGAUUCACAUGAAGCACUUCCACGGGCAUCAAUCCUGGAGAAAGCUAAUUCCUUCUCUGAACAUCUCUGCAGUGAUCAGACCACUGCAGUGAGUAAAAUCCAGGAUGGACUCCAAUAUUUAUCUUAUGUAGUCCUUUCAACUUCAAUGCGAGCUGCUUGAAAACUCAAAUUCUCUACAUGUCUUGUUAGUUUCUAUGCAAGUAGUUGCAGUUUAGAUGAGUUUUUAACUCCAGUCUUACUUCAAACGUUUUAUGCUACACCAUUGAAACUGAACUCAUUUUUAACCAGCCGGUAAAUUAGUUUCUUUUGUGUAGAUUUCUGUGUUAAAUGACUGUCUGGAAUGUUGAACACUCAAUUUCCACUAAAUGAUCAAAAGAAAUUCAAAUACCGUAUCCUUUUUAAGGAUUGAGAGGUUUAGAUUCAUGAGGUUUCGGAAAUUUUCUUGGUAUUGAUUCUAUGUUUAGCAUUCUGGAAAAUCGAACUGGAAAUAUCAGGAAGAUCUAUCUUUGCUAAACGCCCAAGCUUGUAAACUAUACUGAACAUACAGGUUUAAUAAGCGGCAAAAAGAGGUUUUUUUUUGCCUAGAUUUGUAUUUGUUGGAAGGUUGCGGAAGAUAAAUUUUCAUAAAUUUGUUAGAUUCAAUAUAGA